ACAAACGCGGGAGAGAGAUUGUUUAUAGUUUACUUUAUUUACGUAUUGCUUGAAAAUCCUUAUAAAUCACUAGAAUCGACUGCAGUUCUAAGAGCCAAAAAUGAGUAAAAAGUCAACGCGAUCAUCGAAGCCAAAGCCAGAUCCAGACUCAGGAACGCAGUCCACCGUAACUGCAUUGAAGAAGGUGCUCUACAUAUCCGAAAAGUUGCUACCGGAUGAUGAUCAGCGGCUGCGCCUGGAUCGCUUCUACCAUCCUGGCCAGGGAAAAGAUGCACUGUUUGUAACGCACCCAGAUGGUCAAAUUAUGGAGCUGCUCGAAUAUGCGGAGCCGCGGCGCAGCUGGCUAAUCCACAGCGAGAUUUGCUCCAACGGUAGAGUCUAUAUGACCAUGCCCUUGGAUGCCACGCUGCUGGCGCUACACCACUUGAGGAAACACUGUACGCAGAGAGCAAUGUCGCUGGAGAAUAUUGCUGUGCAUGAAGCCAACACGAGUCGCUUGCUAACGCAGUUUGUUAGCCCCGACGGUCUUGGGCGUGUGGCUGAUGUUAAGGUGUCUGGAGACUUGACAUUCUACAAGUACAACCAGGAGCGGACGCUCGCCUGGCUGGCCCUGAAGACACGACAAGUGGCCGAGACGCUGAAGAAAAAGCAGAUCCAUUGCGGCCACAGUGCGCAGUCGCAGAACUUUGUUCGCAGCGACAAGCUGGCGGAGGACACUGUUAUCAACGAGAUGAACUACACUCGGAUGGCGUGUGACAUUGUUGGCCGAUACCUGGAUGCCGACCUACACGACCAGCUGGUCGGCUAUCUGCAUAUACCCAGCGAGAUCCAGGCUAUUGUCGAGGAGAAAACUGCCGCUCAGAAGCGAAAGUCAAAUGUAGGACAGGAGGACAGCAGCAGAAAAAAAAUCAAACUGAAUAACCAUGACAGCGAUGCCUCGUCAAGGCUGAUGAUCAGCGGCCUGCUGGACGGCGAAGAUGUCAAGGACUCCAUCAUUUCACCGCCCUCUGUAGAGCCGCUCAAGGAGCGUAGUAUGACGGCCAAGGAAAAGGCUCUGGCCAAAGGAGCUAAAGGUACCAAGAGCAUUGCAUCCUUCUUCAAAGCCAAGUAGACUUUGUAUUUUAUAUUUAAAUAUACUGAAUAUGCUUCAUAAACUGCACUCCCA